GGCUCAAACGUGAGCGUCAAUUUGGAGGAAGCCAGGUCUGCGUCGUCGGUUUUGGCGUGGUGGACGAAGGCGCUUUUAUAAGUAUCAACGUGAGUUUUUGCACAUUUGUUGUUGCUUGUUUUCCUUCAAGACUUCAAGAAAGCGACAUGCAGUAUUUAAGGGAUCAGUUCCGCGCUCCCUGGGACAGCGAUGUGAGGCUCGAUGGCAAAACUGUGCUCAUCACCGGGGCCAACUCCGGCAUCGGCAAGGAGACGGCGGCCAACCUGGCCACCAGAGGUGCCAGAGUGAUCAUGGCGUGCAGGGACAUGGAGAAAGCUCAGGUGGCCCUCACAGAAGUUAGAGACCGGUCCCUCAAUGACGACGUGGUUUGCAUGAAAUUAGAUAUGGCUGACACCAAAUCUAUCCGAGAAUUUGCACAGGCCAUAAAUGAAGGAGAGUCCAAACUGAACAUUCUGAUCAACAAUGCUGGCGUGAUGUGUCCUUACAGCAAAACGGCCGAUGGCUUUGAGAUGCACAUUGGUGUCAAUCACAUGGGUCACUUCCUCUUGACGUAUCUUCUGCUGGAUCUCCUGAAGCGUUCGUCUCCCGCCCGCGUGGUGAUAGUGUCCUCCAUGGCUCACGCUUGGACCUCCAUCAAAUUUGACGACAUCAACAGCAAGCACGCCUACGACAAGUUCAAAGCGUAUUCUCAGAGCAAGCUGGCCAACUUGCUUUUCUCGCGCUCUCUCGCCAAACGCUUGGAAGGCACGGGUGUGACGACGUACGCUGUGCAUCCAGGUGUGGUCAACACGGAAUUGUGGCGCCACAUGAACCGACCUCAACGCUUUGUGAUAACGAUGAUUAGACCGUUUAUUAAGACGCCGGCGCAGGGUGCCCGCACCAUCAUCUACUGCGCCGUGGAGCCCACGCUGGACAAGGACAGUGGCGGAUUCUACAUGGAAUGCGCCCCCGCCGACUGCUCGGCGGAAGGCAGAGACGAAGAGGUGGCGGAGAAGAUGUGGGAGCUUAGUUGUCGGAUGCUCAACAUCACGUGGGACUGACUUGCCAGGAUUGCGACAUUUCCUGUUUUGCCGGCUUCGAUUGUUUAAUCUUCAUAUCUCGGUAUUCGUUGUGUGGAGCUCUGAUUUUGUUGUUGACUUUGUAUUGAAUGUUCAUUUCUACCCAAUGUACUCAAUAAACGUUAUCUUUAACCUUCA